AUGUCGAACCCCGAUGAACCUACCAAGAAUAAUCACGAGGUAUCGCCGGCGCCGCCCACGGCUACAGACUUGGAGAAUCCUACACAGGGAGUGGAGUCCGGUGUCUCGGCGAUUACAAGCCGAUGGAGAAGGGAGGAUUUGUUGAAGCGAGGAUCCCUGGUCGCUAGGGGACUGGCAUUGUUGUUCUCUUUUCUUUCUUUCACAAUCAUGGCUAGUAACAAGCACGGUGAUGAGGAAGAUGGGGAAGAUUUCAACAAGUAUCAAGAAUACCGGUAUUUGUUGGCCAUUGCAAUUUUGUCGUUUUUGUACACAGGAGGACAAGUGGGGAGACACGUCAUCUGGACUGGGAAACAGAUAUUUGAACGACGUGUCUGUGCAAUGGUGGACUUUUUGGGUGACCAGGUGAUGGCAUACCUGUUGAUAUCAUCAGCAUCUGCAGCGAUUCCAGUUACAAACCAGAUGAGAGAGGGGCUGGACAACAUUUUCACUGACUCCUCAGCUGCGGCUAUUAGCAUGUCUUUCCUGGCGUUUCUAUCACUGGCACUGUCAGCCAUGGUUUCAGGCCAUAAACUUUCAACCCAAUCUUACAUCUAAUUGAUAGCUUUUUAGCUUUUUUUCUUUUUGUAAUCUUCUUCCACUUCCUCCAGUAAGUGAUUCUUCGGGUAUUUAUCAUCCAUUUGUCCUGUAUUUGACUCUUACAAUCUGCUACAAAGUUUUAAGUGAGGCAUUGUUUAUCAGGCCUCAAAACAAGUGAACGAAUGCACUCAUUCUGUGUAUCUGUUUCGAAAUCUGCAGAUCCCAAGUAACUACGUAGAU